AUGGUUCUUGGUAAGGGAAGGGAAAGAGAGCUGGGUUACGGUAUUGGGUGUAGGAUGGGGGAAUGGAAGAAGUCGGAGGACUGGGUAUCGAAUGGUAGAACAAAUUCGGGAAGUGGUGGAAAGGAUCAGGGCAUGGAGGAAAUAGGAUAG